GUGGUAGUUAGCUUAAUCGAAGAUUCGAGAUCCCUUUUAUCAAUGAUGGAUUUUCUCUGAUGAGGGAGAGUUCUAGGGUUUGUUUUUAAUCUCUAAGGAUAAAAUGGAACGAAGAUUGAUGAUCCCUUGCUUCUUUUGGUUGAUUCUCGUUUUGGAUUUGGUUCUCAGAGUCUCGGGCAACGCCGAAGGUGAUGCUCUGAGUGCACUGAAAAACAGUUUAGCUGACCCUAACAAGGUGCUUCAAAGCUGGGAUGCUACUCUUGUCACUCCAUGUACAUGGUUUCAUGUUACUUGCAAUAGCGAUAAUAGUGUUACACGUGUUGACCUUGGGAAUGCAAAUCUAUCUGGACAGCUCGUAAUGCAACUUGGUCAGCUUCCAAACUUGCAGUACUUGGAGCUUUAUAGCAAUAACAUUACUGGGACAAUCCCAGAACAGCUUGGAAAUUUGACGGAAUUGGUGAGCUUGGAUCUUUACUUGAACAAUUUAAGCGGUCCUAUCCCGUCAACUCUUGGCCGACUUAAGAAACUCCGUUUCUUGCGUCUUAAUAACAAUAGCUUAUCUGGAGAAAUUCCAAGGUCUCUGACUGCUGUCCUGACGCUGCAAGUUCUGGAUCUCUCAAAUAAUGGUCUCACUGGAGAUAUUCCUGUUAAUGGUUCCUUUUCACUUUUCACACCUAUCAGUUUUGCCAACACCAAGUUGACUCCCCUUCCUGCAUCUCCGCCGCCUCCUAUCUCUCCUACACCGCCAUCACCUGCAGGGAGUAAUAGAAUUACUGGAGCGAUUGCGGGAGGAGUUGCUGCAGGUGCUGCACUUCUAUUUGCUGUUCCGGCCAUUGCACUUGCUUGGUGGCGAAGGAAAAAACCACAGGACCACUUCUUUGAUGUACCAGCUGAAGAGGACCCAGAGGUUCAUUUAGGACAACUCAAGAGGUUUUCAUUGCGUGAACUACAAGUUGCUUCGGAUAAUUUUAGCAACAGAAACAUAUUGGGUAGAGGUGGUUUUGGUAAAGUUUAUAAAGGACGGUUAGCUGAUGGUACUUUAGUGGCGGUUAAAAGGCUAAAAGAGGAGCGCACCCAAGGUGGCGAACUGCAGUUCCAGACCGAGGUUGAGAUGAUUAGUAUGGCGGUUCACAGAAACUUGCUUCGGCUUCGUGGAUUUUGCAUGACUCCAACCGAAAGAUUGCUUGUUUAUCCCUACAUGGCUAAUGGAAGUGUUGCCUCCUGUUUAAGAGAACGUCCUGAGUCCCAGCCACCACUUGAUUGGCCAAAGAGACAGCGUAUUGCGUUGGGAUCUGCAAGAGGGCUUGCAUAUUUACAUGAUCAUUGCGACCCAAAGAUUAUUCAUCGAGAUGUGAAAGCUGCAAAUAUUUUAUUGGAUGAAGAGUUUGAAGCCGUGGUUGGGGAUUUUGGACUUGCAAAACUCAUGGACUACAAAGAUACACAUGUGACAACCGCAGUGCGUGGUACAAUUGGUCAUAUAGCCCCUGAGUACCUUUCUACAGGAAAAUCAUCAGAGAAAACCGAUGUCUUUGGGUAUGGAGUCAUGCUUCUUGAGCUUAUCACUGGACAAAGGGCUUUCGAUCUUGCUCGCCUUGCAAAUGAUGAUGAUGUCAUGUUACUAGACUGGGUGAAAGGGUUGUUAAAAGAGAAGAAAUUGGAAGCACUAGUAGAUGUUGAUCUUCAGGGGAAUUACAUAGACGAAGAAGUGGAGCAGCUGAUUCAAGUGGCUCUGCUCUGCACUCAGAGUUCACCAAUGGAAAGACCCAAAAUGUCUGAAGUUGUAAGAAUGCUUGAAGGAGAUGGUUUAGCUGAGAGAUGGGAAGAGUGGCAAAAGGAGGAAAUGUUCAGACAAGAUUUCAACUACCCAACCCAUCAUCCAGCCGUAUCUGGCUGGAUCAUUGGUGAUUCCACUUCCCAGAUCGAAAACGAGUACCCCUCGGGUCCAAGAUAAUAUCCGAACACGAAUGCUUUUUCUGUAUUUUGUUUUUUUUUUCUGUAUUUAAUGAGGGCUUUAGUUUCUGCUGCUCCAUAUUAUUGGUUCUUAAGUGAAUACACGAGGAUCUGAUUG